GAACUUGUUUUAGUUGCUAAAAAUGCAUUAUUUAAUCCAAAUUGGAUAAAAGAAAAAGUAAAAUUUGUUCAACAAAGAAUAGAAUAUUAUAAUUAUUUCUUGAGUGCAAAAGAGGUUUUUAAUUUUACUUUGUGUGCUCAAUGCAAUAGUAUUUUAUUAAAAUUAUCUUCAAAAGUGAAAAAGCUUAAAGCAUUAUCAAAUUCUACACUUGAUAAUGAUAUCAAUAACUAUUCUGAAUUAGAAACAUGUAAUCUUACUAUAGCAAGUGGAGCUUUCGAAUCUGAAGAAAAACUUGAUUAG